AUGCGAUACAAGACUGUAGAAGAAGCGAAGUCGCGUUACCGCUUCGGUCCUUUCAGCUGGCAAGCCGGAAUCCUGUUCUUGUCGGCCGGUGUCGGUAUGGGCCUCUACUUCCGCUACGAGAAGGAGCGCAUGGCCCGCAAGCGCAUCGCCGAACACAGCAAGGGUGUCGGUCGUCCGCUGGUCGGUGGUCCCUUCCAGUUGAUCGACCAAGACCGCAAGCCUUUCACCGAGCAAAAUCUCAAGGGGAAAUACUCUCUGGUUUACUUUGGAUUCACACACUGCCCGGAUAUCUGCCCCGAAGAGUUGGACAAGAUGGCCGGCAUGAUUGACAAUGUCAAGGAGAAGCACGGGGAUGUUAUGAGACCUGUCUUUAUCACAUGCGACCCUGCAAGAGAUACCCCCGAGGUCACAAAGGAGUACUUGAAGGAGUUCCAUGACGAUCUGAUUGGUUUGACUGGAGAGUACGAACAAGUCAAGGCUACCUGCAAGGCUUUCCGUGUCUAUUUCUCGACACCGCAGAAUGUCCUGCCUGGUCAGGAUUACCUCGUAGACCACAGCAUUUACUUCUACCUCAUGGACCCCGAGGGUGACUUUGUCGAGGCCAUUGGCAGAAAUUUCACCGUCGAGCAAGCAUCAAGAGUCAUCAACGACCACGUUGCCGACUGGAAGGGCAAGAUUGACAAGUCUGCCUAG